CGGUACCCGUGGUGGAAAUGUUCGUACCGGAAACUGAUUUUUCCCAGUUAUUAUCUGUGAAUAGUAGAGUAUGUCUGCUUUUAAGAGGACGUAAAAAUUAGAAAGAGGUUUUGGUGCAGCAGAUUACUCUGCGAUAUUAGUGAUAGACGUAUUUGUUGUUUUGAUUACAUAGUAAAUUAAUUUAAGAUCAUUGUCCCCGCCUACAAAUUUUAUUGUAACCAAUCGCAUUCAUUUAGAAGUGUGAUUUCGAACCCACGUGCAGUGUACGAAAGUUGUGCUUGUGGUGAUAUGGCUCUCGGUUCACAAGUAGAUACUGCAACUGAAAACGGAAUUAAUAAUACGGUGAGAAAUGAUAUUCAGAAUGGAAGUAAGGCGAAUGAGUCAAGUUGCUCUGUUACAAGUAAAGAUAAGAAGUCUGAAGACAAAAUGAAGGUUGUAGAAAAGGUAGAAGAAGAAUCAUCUGCAGGUGUGGUAAAUGGACAUGAUGCAAGUAUCACAAACAAUUCUGUAACUAAUGGACACAGCAUUUUGACCACCAACGGACAUGAAGAGGAUGCUAGUGCAAGCGAACUGGGUAGUGAUUAUACAACUAACAGUAGUGCUAUAACAUCUGUGACUAAAAGUCAGGACAGUGACAGUUCAGGUGUAAAUAGUGUGAUCAUUGCUCACAAUGAAUCUGAGGAGAACAUUGUGGAGAAAGGUGAGGUGGAAGCCACCAAAGAGAAAGAGAAGGACGACAAAAAAGAUGAUCAAGAGAUAGUGUUAAUACAGGAUUUGGGGUUUACAGUUAAAAUAAUGAGUCCUGGGACUGAACCAUUUGACAUACAAGUCUCAAGCAUGGAGCUAGUCCAAGAAAUUCAUCAACUGUUAAUGGAUCGAGAAGAUACCUGCCAUCGAACCUGCUUCUCACUACAGCUUGAUGGAAAUACACUUGAUAACUUUGCAGAAUUAAAGAACAUUGAGGGAUUGAAGGAAGGAUCUGUUAUCAAGGUUGUGGAAGAACCAUACACUAUGAGAGAGGCAAGGAUCCAUGUCAGACAUGUUCGUGAUUUGUUGAAGUCACUGGACCCAGCAGAUGCAUACAAUGGAGUAGACUGUAGUUCUUUAUCCUUCCUUAAUGUUGUCACUCAAGGUGAUAUACUAGAGAAAAAGAAGAGUCGACCUGAGAGUGUAGACUGCACACCUCCAGAUUACAUAAUGCCAGGAAGUAAAGAGAGGCCAUUGAUGCCACUGCAACCCCAGGUGAAAGAACAGAAGGGUCCGCAGACAGUGAAGGUGUUAACAACUUCUGGAUGGAAUCCACCACCUGGUUUCCGCAAGAUGCACGGUGAUCUUAUGUAUCUAUAUCUGGUUACUUUAGAAGAGAAACAUUAUCAUAUCACUGCCUGUGCACGUGGAUUUUUUGUGAAUCAAUCUUCUGAAGAGUAUUUUAACCCAAAGCCUGCCACACCAAGCCACUUGUGUCAUGCUUUGAUUGAGCUGUUAAAUCAAAUCAGUCCUGCAUUCAAACGAAACUUCUCCAUACUUCAGAAGAAGAGGACACAACGACACCCAUUUGAGAGGGUUGCAACGCCAUAUCAAUUGUAUUCAUGGAGUGCUCCACAAAUGGAACACACAGUCGAUGCAAUCAGAGCAGAAGACACAUUCUCAUCAAAGCUUGGCUAUGAAGAACACAUACCUGGUCAAACACGAGACUGGAAUGAAGAAUUACAGACAACACGUGAGCUGCCAAGGAAAAAUCUUCCAGAAAGGUUACUAAGGGAGAGAGCUAUAUUUAAGGUGCAUAGUGAUUUUGUUGCAGCGGCAACUAGAGGUGCUAUGGCAGUAAUAGAUGGAAAUGUUAUGGCAAUUAAUCCUGGAGAAGAAGCUAAGAUGCAAAUGUUUAUUUGGAAUAACAUUUUCUUCAGCUUGGGUUUUGAUGUACGAGACCAUUAUAAAGAACUGGGUGGAGAUGCUGCAGCAUUUAUUGCUCCACGUAAUGAUCUUCAGGGAGUACGGGUGUAUAGUGCAGUGGACCUGCAAGGUCUGUAUACUUUAGGUACAGUUGUCAUCGACUACCGAGGCUAUCGUGUUACAGCACAGUCAAUUAUACCAGGCAUCCUGGAGCGGGAACAGGAGCAGUCUGUGGUCUAUGGAUCGAUAGACUUCGGAAAGACUGUUAUUUCACAUCCCAAGUACCUUGAGCUGUUGAACAAAGCAGGUCAGCAGUUAAAGAUUCUUCCACACAAAGUUUAUAAUGAUAAAAAGGAAGUAAUUGAAUUAUGUUCAUCAGUUGAGUGCAAGGGUAUCAUUGGCAAUGAUGGUCGCCAUUAUAUCUUGGACCUUCUUCGAACAUUCCCACCUGACGUGAACUUUCUAAAAUUGGAAGGUGAGGAACUUAGCACAGAAAUACAGGCCAUGGGAUUUCCUAUAGAACACAAACACAAACUUUGUUGUUUGCGACAGGAGUUGAUAGACUCAUUUGUUGAGGCACGGUACAUGAUGUUUAUCAAGUAUGCAGCUCUCCAUUUGCAACAGUUGGAUAAGGAAACUGAAAACAGCAAAAAGGGAAAAAUUGAUAUUGACAAAUCAAAUGAUGAUUCCUCAAAAGAAAAUUCAACAAAUGAAAGUCAGAUGGGAGCAGAUGAAGCAAAGAAGAUAGUAGAAAGCAUCACAGAUUCCAUUACAAAUGGGGAGAAACAAGAAUUGGAGGAGAGCACAAAGGAGAUUGUGAAGAAGGCUGCAAUUGCAGUGGGAUCACUGAAGGAGACUGAAUUUGAUGUAAGAUUCAAUCCAGAUGUAUAUUCUCCCGGUGUUCAGCAUGUUGAUCCAGAUCAUAAACAACUUGAGAAACAGCGUCAGCUCGUAAAGGAUGCUGCUGCCUUCCUGCUUACAGUUCAAAUUCCAGCAUUUGUGCGAGAUUGUUUGGACCACUCAGCUGCUCCAAUGGAUGGGGUGACGCUUUCUGAAGCACUGCACAAUAGAGGCAUUAAUAUUCGCUAUCUGGGCAAGAUUUCUGAUUCAUUAUCCAAGAUUAAGCAGUUGGAAUAUCUGUAUAAUAUCACAGUAGCAGAAAUCUUCACCCGGACAUUGAAGCAUGUCUUUAUUGUCUACAUGCAAAGUAUUGAACUGAUGAGCCUGUCAGCAGCUGUCAGUCACUUCCUCAACUGUUUUCUUUCAUCAUGUCCAGUGCCUCAUCCUCAUCAGGUUGCAGACGAGCUUCAAAGUAAAACAUCAAAGCGUCGUAGUAAACGUAAGGGCCGGACAAAUCCUCUUCUGAAGGAUUCAGACAGUAUGGAAUGGACAAACCUUACUCCCAAAUUACUUUGGACUCAAAUAAAGUCAGAAAUGAAGAGUUACUAUGACUGGGAUCUUCAAGUUGAUUCUCUUGAAUCCAUGGUAGAACAAUUCUCUCUGCAAAAGAUCUCUUUGCUCAGGUCAUUUUGCAUCAAGACUGGUGUUCAGAUUUUGUUAAGAGAAUACUCAUUUGACUCCAAAAACCGACUCACAUUCUUUGAGGAAGACAUAAUCAAUAUUUUUCCUGUGGUGAAGCAUAUAAACCCUAGGGCAACAGAUGCUUACAACUUCUAUACUACUGGGCAGAACAAGAUACAACAAGGGUAUCUGAAGGAAGGCUAUGAACUUAUUAGUGAGGCUCUCAACUUGUUAAAUAAUGUAUACGGUGCAAUGCAUCCAGAGAUUGCACAGUGCUUGAGAAUGUUAGCAAGGUUAAACUACAUCAUGGGUGACCAUGCUGAGGCUAUGGCUUAUCAACAGAAAGCUGUUCUUAUGUCAGAAAGAGUGAAUGGAAUUGACCAUCCUUACACCAUCACUGAAUAUACACACCUGGCAUUGUAUUGCUUCGCCAACAACCAAGUUAGCACAGCUCUCAAGCUGCUGUAUCGAGCUCGAUAUCUUGCACUUCUGGUCUGCGGAGAGAAUCAUCCAGAAAUAGCAUUGCUUGAUAGCAAUAUCAGUUUAAUUCUUCAUGCAGUUGGAGAGUAUGAACUUUCCUUACGGUUCUUAGAAAAGGCACUUGCAUUGAAUAUUCGCUACUAUGGUGCUAAAUCUUUGAAAGUGGCUGUGAGUUUCCAUCUUGUAGCAAGGACACAGAGUUGCAUGGGUGACUUCCGUUCGGCACUCAACAAUGAGAAAGAGACAUAUGCCAUAUACAGGCAGCAGCUUGGUGAAUCUCAUGAGAAGACACGUGAGUCAUCUGAUUGUUUGCGUCAUCUAACAUCUCAGGCUGUAGUCCUUCAGAAGAAGAUGAAUGAAAUUUACACUGGAAAAUCAAACACAGCUCUGCCACCUAUCCAGAUCCAACCUCCAUCCAUGGGGAGUGUCCUUGACAUGCUGAAUGUGAUAAAUGGCAUUCUUUUUGUUCAGAUAAGCCAGCAAGAUAUCGAGAACUUCAAAGCUGAAAUUGAGAAACGGCAGUUGAAGGAUACAUCUCCAGCCUCAUCAGAAGAAAAGACUGACAUUGAGUUAUGCACCACUAGUGAAAUGAAGAAAGCUGCUGAAGAAUCCAGUUGAAUACAUGAAGAUACUGUGUUCUAGUACAUGACAAUGUUCGCAUGUAGUUGUAGGGGUCCAAUAGGCUGUCAAAUAUGUGGAAUACCUUGUUGAGCAUAUAUGUGUAUGUAUGUGUGUGUAUAUUUAUAUUUACACAUCUUCAUAAAUAUAUGAAACAAGCAUACAAGAACUGAAAUUAUUAUAAUCAUCUUGCAUUUUCAAGAGGUUUUAUUUUAUAAGCUGCCUCAAUUUGUGCUAUGGGUUUGUUGACUGUGACACAAAAUAAAGACUGUAUUUGUUAGGUUGAUGAAAACGUGAUAUAUUAUUAUAACACUGCAUCUCAGUUUUUUGAGCCUUUUAUAUGUUUUGAACUAUAUGGAUUUUCUGUCACUUUUCUUUUCAUAGGUACAUGCCUAAAUGCCUGAACUAAAUUAAGCAUAUUUUUUUUAUUUUGGUUACUAUCUAAAACUCUCCAUACACAAUAAAUUUUGUAACAUCAGGAGAAACAUCAGGGACAGUCACCUUCAGAUUAAAUGCCUCAGAAAUGCAAUUAAGGAAAGAAUGCAGUAAAAAUAAUCAUUCUAUAGUAUUUGAAGUGUUAAAGAUUGUGGAAUUGUAAUGUCUUCUCAUAUGUGGCAAUAUUAGCAUUUUAUAAGCUAUGCUAUUAAAUGAAAAUCAUGCUUGUUUGUGUUAUGGUACCCCUUGUUUUCCCCAAAAUUUGCUGUUAUGUUGGAAAAUGUUAGAAAAAUGAUAAUGUAACUAUGGGCCUGAAACUGAAAAGUACAGAACUUUUUACUUUCCUUAUAAAAUCGCUAUCUCAGACCCAACAUUGUUAUGUGUUUAUAAAGUUUCUAAGUAUAACAGUUGUUCCUUUCAUCACAACAGUCACCACACAGUUGGUGAAGCAAUAAUUUUUGUGUUCCUGUUUCCUUGUUAUUGUUUUUGUUAAAAUAACUUUUCAUAAUUCUCUUAUAGCAAAUUUCUAUGUUGGUGUUGAAAGCUAUUAAGUGGUUGGUUUUCAUUUAAUUAAUAUUUUAAAUCUUAUUGUAAGCCAAAGAGGUGUGUCAUUGCAUAUGCAUUGAAGACAGGUUGUUCUUCCUAAAUUAACUAUGCGAAUAUUAGUAAGUGAUGGACUAUUGAGUAGCUAGAUAGAUACCUGAUUUGAUUUUUUUGAUAGACUGUAGAUUUCCAGUCACAAAAAAUCUAGUUUUAUAGUUCUUUUGAAUGUUUCUUAGUGUCUGAAGUUUUGACAUCAGUAUAGUAUUUUUGUAAGUAUAGUACAGAUGUAUUUUUCCGUUGAUAGAAUGAACUGAAUCUGUUUUAGUCGACAUUCCACAAAUAGUCAAAACAUGAACACAUAUAUACAUAUGAAACUGAAUAUAGAAUAAGCUGUGUCUGCACAGGAAGUACUGUAAUAAUUUGAAAUUACAUGCAAAAUUUGCAUUUUACCCUGGUCUGUCUUGUAAUUAUAAAAAUUAGUGCCAUGUAGCUAAAUUGUAAUAAAAUCAGAUUUAAGGUUCAGGAAGUUUUGAGUUACUACACAGUUCAUUGACAGUAUCAUGCAUAGUGUGGUAGGUUCUAGUUACUCUGCGAGAUGUUGCAGGUGUAAAUAUUGCCAUUUUACCGUAUAUACGUGGUAAAAUAUUAAAAGUCUUUGCUUAGUAACAUUUGCAGCUUGGAUGAACCUAAUCUGUUUGCACAUAUUGAUGUGCACCCACUACAUAAAAAGUGGUUUCAAAUGUACAGCACAAAAUAGAUCUAGAAUUGUAUUUUUAAUUACAUUUUGAUGUGAUUUCCUUCAGAUUUUUUCUUGUAGCCAUACUUUCAUAUUUUAGUAUAAGUUUGCAGGUGAAAUAUUAGUUGCUUAUGAAUUCAGUUAUGGACUAUUUUUGGAUGUCGUGCCACUGUAAUUUUAGGAUAGUGUUAACAUGGUUAUUAAAUUGUUGAAUCGAAGUGAAACAUAGCUGUAUGGUAGUGAUUAUAAAUAAUAUAAUGCUAAGAUAGGAUACAGUUGUUUCAUUGCUUUCAUACUGAUUGCAAAAGCCAGUUCUAUAUUAAAGUAACAGUUGGAUGUGGUAAUAGGAAGUGGAAGCUACUACCUACUACUGUGAGGUUCCUCUCAGUUUUGAAGCCUACAGUAGAUGUAGUUUUCUAUGUUGUGUAAAAAUGUUCCAUAAAGGACUUGUAGAUGGUUUUGAAUUCAUUGAAACAAAUGUUUGAAAAGUUCUUUGAAGUACUGGUUGCCAGGUGCCUUGCCAAACGCUGACCUCACGUAUUCACAUCCAAAUAUCACCAUUUACAGAAUGGAAACAGUGUGCUGAAUCAAAAGGCUAUUCACUUGUUCAUGGUUUAGUAUGUAUGUAUACUUCUAUAUAAUGCACCAGAACAGAUCUUUGUGCUAACUCUCAGCAGUGGUUGGUUACUGGCCAUGGUGUAAAUUUCCAAGCUCAAGGAAAUGUUAUGAAUGUUCCAGAGGAUUAUGUAAUUAUGUUUUGAAUGCCUGUGAACAUUUAUGUUUAACUGUUCUUAAGUGUCUUAUGUGAAACAUGUUAAAAUCAGUGAGGGGACUGAUUUUGAAGAUGAAGCCUUAAAAGGAAAGGCUGUUAAUGAGAUACUAAACAAAUGCUUACACUGACCAGGCCUAAUAACACGCACAUGUGGAGGCUGAUGGUGUAGAAUGUAGAAGUAAACUCUUUCAAUUAUGUGAACAUUUCAGUUUUUGGUAGAGAGAUGGUAUAUAUGUUGUUGGUUUUCUGUUUUGAAGAGCCUCUUCAGGUGUUCUUCCUUCUCCUCGUCUGUCACGAAGAUUUCAAAAUGUGUGAAAAAUUCUUCUCUGAAUGUCUUUGACAGUGAUGUUAUAUUACUACUGUUCUUUUAAAAAGCCUUAAUAAAUCUUCAAAACCUAAAAGAUCAGUGUUACAAAAGAUGGAUCUUCGUUCAUCUUCAGAUAAAAUAGAAAAGACACCUAUUCUGUUUGAUCCAAUAGAUCACAGAUUGGGAACAGCUGGGUCUACUGGAUCCAACAGAAUUGAUGUCUCCACUUUUUUUAUCUGAAAGUGAAGAAAUAGCUAUCAUUGAAAAUAUUGUGAAGUUUUAAGGUGUUAUCAUUUUGAGGCUUAAAAACACUAUGAACAGAGUCCAAAACUGAAAGUAGUUAAUGUGUGAAAACUUAUUUUUUCAUAACACUUAGCAUCACAAUAUACUGUGCUAGUAUUUACUGUAAUUUGUUAAUUAGAGGCACAAAAAUAAAUAUCACUAGUCAGACUAAGGGUCAGCAGGUCAGAUAUUUUAUCAGCUAUAAAUUUUCAUAAUGAAAAUAUUGUAGCACUUCAUCCUUACUGAAAAAUGGCAUGAUCAGCAUUCAAUUUUAUGUGCUAUUUUUCCAUUGCUGUUUCCUGUAGUCCAUGCCUUAGAAAAUACUCUAUAUCUUACCUCAUAGAAGUCUUUACCUUGGCAUGAUAUAUAAAGGUCAGUGUUUGUUGAUUUUUAUUUAUGACAUGUCCAUUGACAAAGCAGAUAUCUGGCAACCUGUAAUAUAUAUCAAUAUUUCUAUCAUUUUGUUUUGAAUAAUUUGUAAGUGUGGAACAUGUGAUGCAUAUCUGUCAUGAUUGUAGUUGUGAUAUGUUAAAUAUUGGAAUUAAUCUGUAGUGACUAACAAUGCACAUAGAAUUUUGUGAUUCUUCCUCAUGAUAUGGUUUUAAAAACCAAGUCACUCAGAACAAUGGUGCUAUUCUCACGCAUUACAUUCUGUGAAAGAGGGAAAAUGAGUAAACACUUUACAAAACAAAAGCUUAAUGUGUGGAUGAAAUAAUUGAGUCGUAAGAAAACUGAAAGUAUGUUUAAAAAGUUUUUGAUGUUGCAGAGUUUUCAUUAAUUGUUAUGGUAUCUUAUGUUAAUUUUUUGAAAUGGUAACUAAUAUGUUUUGUUAAACUAGUCCCUCAUUGUUGCACUUGUUAAACAUUGUUAUGUCAUAAAGAAAGGUCUUUGUGGCUCAUGUGGUACACAGUUCAUGAAGUUCAGCCAUUAUCAGUACCAUUGCCUGAUGGAAGCUGGCUGCUUCAACUGUUAUUAUUAACUGCUGUACUAUGUUGUGUUUCUCUGAUGAUUCAGGUUAGAUGUGGUGUGAUGAGUGAAUCUCAGCAGCAUCAUCCACUACGCUUACAUAGUAAUUCCUUUGUAGUCUCAUUUAGUAUUGUGGUGCAAGAGUAGACGAACAUGGCAAGCUGACAAUAGCUGCAUCAUGUGGUAUCCAGAAAGACACUGAUGCCAGUAUUGUUGUUUUGUUAGAGGUCAUGUCCACAGUUGAGAUACUUAAUGAAUAAAAAUACUAGUUAUACUUUA